ACCCAAAAAUUAUAACAAAGACGUGCUCUCACAUCUCAUCUCACUCCCUCACCAGCUCACUCACUCUCUCUAUCCUCUUUUUUAUCUUUCUUUCUAUAAAACAAUUCUCUCUCAAUCAUCAAUUAAUCAAAGGCGAUCAUAUGGCUCUCGACACUCUCAAUUCUCCGACCUCCACCACCACCACCACCACCACCACCACCACCGCUCCCUCUCCAUUCCUAACCGAGCCGGAGAAUCUUGAGUCGUGGACCAAAAGAAAACGUACAAAACGACACCGUAUAGAUGAUCAAGCCAAUCCUCCCUCCGAAGAAGAGUAUCUUGCUCUUUGCCUCCUCAUGCUUGCUCGUGGCUCCUCCGAUGAUAAUCAUCACUCUUCUCAUCCUCCUCUUCCUCCUCCUCCACCGUCUGAUCAUCAUCAUCGAGACUACAAGUGCUCAGUCUGUGGCAAAUCUUUCCCGUCUUACCAAGCGUUAGGUGGACACAAAACCAGUCACCGGAAACCGGUUAGUAAUAAUAAUAAUAUUAUUAACCACGACGGUAAUAGUAACAGUGGUAACGGUUCCAUUACUAAUAACGGAAACAUUAGUAACGGUUUGAUUGGUCGAAGUGGAAAGACUCAUAAGUGCUCCAUCUGUUUCAAGUCGUUUCCAUCUGGUCAAGCCUUGGGCGGUCACAAACGGUGUCAUUACGACGGUGGUAACGGUAAUAGCUACGUUAACGGUAACGGUAGUAACAGUCACGGGUUUGACCUGAACUUACCGGCCGAUCAAGUAUUUGAAGUUUCUUGCGAUGAGACACUUGGGAAAAGUCAACUCUCCGGCGAAGAAACAAGGUCGCCGUUGUGAAUUAUUUUUAUUUUUUACUGAUCAGCUAGCUAGUUAUCGAUCAUUAGCUGCUGAGUCUGUAAUGAAAAUGAUUGGAGUGGACUUUGGAUUAUUUUUAUUUUCUUUUUUUUUACGUAGACAAAAAGAAAAAAAAAUUGUUUAUAGAAAGUAAAAAAAACGAGAAAUAUUGAAUUUAUAUUUUACUAUUAUUGGAAAUAAUAAUAAGAAGAAGGAAAAAAAACUGAUUAAUGUUA